AUGUCUGGGACUAAAGGUGGUAGCAGCCAAAAACAUGGACAGUCAAAAGAUCACGAAGGUAAGUUUCAUUUAAUGUGUAUUUUAGAUGUACUGUGUUAUUAACUCUAACUAUUAAUGCUCUGUUUUGCAUGUUUUAACGAUUAAUUAAAGGCGUUCGGUGCAAUGUGUAGGUUACACUCCAGUUAAUUAUACUGGGUGUGCAUUUGUUUUUUGAUAUUGAAUAGCAUGAUCCAAUAACUCCUCUUUCUGCCUGUAUUUCCCAAGCUGCAGAGUUCCCUUUUUAUCUAAUGAUACAACUGCGUGUGAGUUCAUACAUGUACCUGUAUUAUCCUGCGAGACUCCAAAGCAGACAUUUCUGGGAGCUUUGCAUGUGUUACAAAAUAAAGGCUAAAACUGAAACACAAAUCUCAGAACCUUCUGUUAUGCCCAAAAAAGCACUGGUGUGCAGGGCUUUCUUAGACGUGAAAGGCGAACCUUCACUGUCACUUUAACCCCUUAAGGACACAUGACACGUGUGACAUGUCAUGAUUCCCUUUUAUUCCAGAAGUUUGGUCCUUAAGGGGUUAAACAGGUGUUUACUUAUCUCUUUAUUUAACAAAUAUAUACUGGUGAGAUGUCAUUUAAAAAAAAUAAUAAUUAAAUGUAGAAAUUUACCUCUUUAUCCUGCAGAUGGGCACCUCCGUCUUAGCUCACUGUCAGACAUUUUUAAAAGCUCUGUCCUUCACACCUGGCAGUCAGCACAGGGAAAGCCUACAGAGAAGAAGAGGAAUUAAAUAAUGUGUCUAUUUUUCCUGUACAUUUGCUUUAAAAACCCUGGAUUUGCCUCGUAUCAACUCAAUUAUGAUGUUAUUUGUUAUUUUUUAAAAUAGAAAUUUAAAAGAAAAAGAGAAUCUUGUUAAAAAGGUUAGCACACAUUCUAGGUCAUUUUCAGUAUUUUAUUAAAUGGUUUAAAUGUAAGAGAAGUGACAGUUUCCGUUUAAGAGAUCAUCAUGAUUGACUUAGUAAGUUACAAGUCAUGGACGGAGCUUGUUAGAGAAACAGCACAGCCUGGGUAAGUACGGCAAAUGCAGAGAAUUCAAAUGGCAAUAGGUUUAUUACUUUUCUAUAUAUUUACUACUUAAUUAUCUGUAACAUGCAUUAAUAAAUUAAUGGAUUGGUUGGCUUUAGCCUGGAAUAUCAAUUUAAUUUAAGAUUACCAGUGCUCUUAGAAAAUGCUGUACAACGUAACAUAAGAACAUAUACUCUCCAUGAAAAGGUAUUUCAUAAACAGUGAAUUUCAAAUUGAAGGCCAGAGUAGUUGACCUAAAAGCAUAGCUGGCUAAGAUUUUUUUUUCCAGUUUGGCUAUUUUCGCCUUAAAUUUGAAAAUCACUUUGAAUUCACCUUGAAUUCUCACUUUAGUGAAAAACCUGAUAGUCACAAAACUAAGGCCAUGGGAUUUAUGUAAAUGGCAUAAAAUAAAAUGAUUUCUGUAUAACUUAAUGAUACAAACAGUUACAUAUAGAAAUAUAGAAACAGAAUGUGAUGGCAGAUAAGAACCAUUCGGCCCAUCUAGUCUGCCCAAUUUUCUAAAUACUUUCAUUAGUCCCUAGUCUUAUCUUAUAGUUAGGAUAGCCUUAUGCCUAUCCCACACAUGCUUAAACUUCUUUACUGUGUUAACCUCUACCACUUCAGCUGGAAGGCUAUUCCAUGCAUCCACUACCCUCUCAGUAAAGUAAUACUUCCUGAUAUUAUUUUUAAACCUUUGUCCCUCUAAUUUAACACUAUGUCCUCUUGUUGUGGUAGUUUUUCUUCUUUUAAAUAUAGUCUCCUCCUUUACUGUGUUGAUUCCCUUUAUGUAUUUAAAUGUUUCUAUCAUAUCCCCCCUGUCUCGUCUUUCCUCCAAGCUAUACAUGUUAAGAUCCUUUAACCUUUCCUGGUAAGUUUUAUCCUGCAAUCUAUGAACCAGUUUAGUAGCCCUUCUCUGAACUCUCUCUAAAGUAUCAAUAUCCUUCUGAUGAUAUGGUCUCCAGUACUGCAUACAAUACUCCAAGUGAGUUACAGCUCUCUUGUUACUAAACACUAUAUCUGUAGGGGCUCAAGGUAGUGUUCCAUUUGGCCUCUACUAUCCCACAUGUCCUAGUUUCUGAUGAUAAUUGUGUCAUUUGGGGAUGGGUCCACUGUCUGCCACCCUUCUGGGGAUGGGGAAUUGAGCAUGAGGUAAGUAUGUGUAAAAAAAAUGCUCCCCCAGGAACAAAUAACUAUAUAAUCUAUAUAUUGACAAAAAAGUAAUUAUCUAUUUUUAAGCUAUAACAAAAUAUCUCUUUUCUAGUAGGUACCAAAUUGGCACAAUGUCAGGAUGCUACACAAGCUCACUCUAAAGGUAAUAAAACACACACAAUGUUCUGUAGAAUUUUAUAAAUACACAAUCACAAACAUGGAUUAUGGUUGAGGACAUGAACCAAUUGAUCCAUCAAAUCUGCCAUUUUGAAAUUGCAAUAAAGCAAAGAAACACACAGUGCUGAUCAGAGUGGGUGCACUGACUUCCAUCUCAUACAGAAUUUAUCAAUAACUCAAAACAAGGAAUAGUCCAGGAAAUAUCUUCCAAAAUCUACAGUAGUCCUUUUUUUACUAUUGUCUCUCACAGUAAUUCUUUGGUCUUAACUAUAAUUUCGUCAAAUCAUGCUAACAGUGAUUUAUAUCAUGCUCCACUAUUUAAAUUACGCAAAUCUAUGUUUGCACAUGCUUUGAUAACGACUCAUUUAGAGCUGAAAAGUUGCUGUAAGCAAUGUACCUCCUAAGGGAUUGAAGAACACGCUGGAGAAGGUGUCCUGGAUUGUUCUUUAAUAUUCUGGAUUUUGAAACUUCAAUUUAGGUUUGCAAUUAAGGAUCAUUAAACGUAGAUUCCAGACAACCUUGCACUAUUUAAUUGUUUUAGAUUCUAUAUCUUUCUCUUGAUGGCUACUUCAUAUAUCUACUAGACUUGUGCACAGUAGAAAAAACUUCACGCCAUUUUUCCAAAAAAAAAAUUUCGUUUGGGAUGUUGGACUCUGGUUCAUUUGUCAGUUUGGCUCGUCUGAACAUUGUUCAAGAAAAAUAUUUGGGAAAACGAUUCAGACCAAUCACAAAGGUUGUGAAAACAAGACUCUAAUUGCAAACCCAAACGGAGGUUUCAAAAUCCAGAAUAUUAAAAAACAGUCCAUGACGCCUUCUCCAGUAUGUAAUGCAAAAAAUACACAAUUUAAAUAUUAUGUAUAUCUUUUGUAGUGUACUGAUUGUUCUGCCCUUUGGUUCACAAAUCAGGUGUGAAGAGGUAAUCAAGGGGAAAAAUAGGAGCAGCAGUAUAAAAAUCUAAAAUUAUAUAUUUAUAUUUUAUAUAUUUUUAUUAAAUAUAUAAUAUAUAAAUAUAGAUUUUUUUUUUUGCUUAUCAUCUCUUGGUGACUUCUCAUUUGAUAUGUGAAUAAAACUAACAUUUAGUGACUGUAGAUAUUAUUACAUUAUUUAAAAAAGCUCUGGAAACUUUUUUGGACAACACAGAUUAUUUAACAAUAUAAUUUAUAUGACUGAAGAUAACUCAGUCCACGAUGGAGUCAAACAUUUUUUCAUCCCUUUUGUGGCGUAAUUGGCAGUCAUGUUAAAAUAUUUUUCUACUUCUUUUGGGUCAACAACAUAAACAAAAAUGUGUGAUUGGCUUAACUUGGUGGACUCGGGUAAUUUUUCAACCUCGAUUAAUAUGUAACUAUGUUUUCGCUGUACUUUGAUUUACAUAUUAACAUAAUUUAAAAUUAUGCGUUAUUUUAGAGGUCCGUAUUUCUGCAUUGUUGUGGACAGGGUACCCAGAACUAGGAGAUAUUUCUAACAAUUUGGAAAACUUAAAACGUAGAUCAAAUCAAUCCUUACAAAGUACAAUAAAUUGGAUUGUUUUAUUUAAAUACUAUUCCUGAAUAGCCAAACAUAAAGAAACGGUUUUGCUGUAGUGGUGCUGUGUAUGUGUCUUCUCUGCUAAAAACAACAAACAGAAAAAAUAGCUGUGAAUGUUUCGCCUCAAUAAAAAUAUCUCAGAAAACAAUUAGGUUAUACAGUAAAUUUAGAUUUUACAGUUAUCAGUGAUAGUGCAUCAUGUUUCACGUGUUUCAAUUUCUCAUUAGAACCCAGUCACCAACAAGAUCAUGGGGGUCAAGAUCAUGCAAGCAAAGAGAGCAAAGGCCAUGAAGAUAAAGGUCAUGGUAGAAAAGGCUCUGAAGAAGGUGGCCAUGGAAAAGGUCAAGAAAACAGUGGUCAUGAAGGAAAAGGCAAUGAAAGUAAAGGCAACGAGAAAAAAGGCUCUGGAGAAUCAGGGGGACAAGACCAUGGAAGUAAAGGCCAAGCAGAAAAAGGCGAUGAAAAUAAAGGUCAUGGGGGCAAAUGA